CUUAAUGACAUACUUAACACCUUCCCAGCGAACCUAGCGGAACACAUACGGUUAGUUGGUAGAUGUGCAAAGAGAUUCUGAUACUGAAUGGAAUCAUACGAUGUUAUAGCUAACCAGCCUGUUGUUAUUGACAACGGGUCUGGGGUAAUCAAAGCUGGAUUUGCUGGGGACCAAAUUCCAAAAUAUAAUUUCCCAAAUUUUAUAGGACGGCCAAAACAUGUCCGAGUUAUGGCAGGAGCUUUGGAGGGUGAAACUUUCCUGGGACCGGAAGCAGAGGAAUACAGAGGUUUGUUGACCAUUAAAUACCCUAUGGAACAUGGUAUAAUCCGUGAUUGGAAUGACAUGGAAAGAAUCUGGCAGUAUAUCUAUUCAAAAGACCAACUACAGACAUUUGCAGAGGAGCACCCUGUCUUAUUGACAGAGGCACCACUAAAUCCUCGUCGAAACCGAGAGAAGGCUGCUGAAAUUUUCUUUGAAACUUUUAAUGUACCAGCACUAUAUAUCUCCAUGCAAGCUGUUCUCAGUUUAUAUGCCACAGGACGUACCACAGGAUUGGUCCUGGAUGCUGGAGAUGGUGUCACCCAUGCUGUACCUAUCUAUGAGGGCUUUGCUAUGCCUCAUAGCAUAAUGCGAGUUGAUGUAGCAGGACGAGAUGUCACUAGGUACUUAAGACUUCUCCUUAAAAAGGAAGGUUAUGAUUUUCACACCUCUGCGGAGCUUGAGGUUGUAAAAGCUAUUAAAGAGAAAAUAUGUUAUCUUCCUUUAAACCCAACUAAAGAAGAAGGUGUUGAAACAGAGAAGGUUGCUUACACAUUGCCUGAUGGAAAUACUAUAGAGAUUGGUCCAGCGAGGUUCCGUGCUCCUGAGUUGUUGUUUAAACCUGACCAAAUUGGAGAGGAAUGUGAAGGAAUUCAUGAAUGUUUAGUCUAUUCGAUACGCAAAUCCGAUUUAGACUUGAGAAAAGUGCUUUACUCAAAUAUUGUUUUGUCUGGGGGAUCCACAUUGUUCAAAGGCUUUGGUGACAGACUUUUGACAGAAGUAAAGAAAUUAGCACCAAAAGAUUUGAGAAUUAGGAUAUCUGCACCCCAAGAGAGACUGUAUUCCACAUGGAUUGGUGGUUCAAUCCUGGCAUCAUUGGAUACUUUUAAGAAGAUGUGGGUUUCAAAGAGAGAGUACAAUGAAGAAGGAGUGAAAGCAGUUCACCGAAAGAUGUUUUAAAAACAUGGCAAUCAUUUCUCUCUACACCAGCUACAAUUAAUAAACACAGCCUACCCCUAUGCAUGUGAAGUUUAUGUAACAUAAUGAUUUUUGUGUCUGUGUAUAUAUUUACCAUUCUAUUUAUCUGUUUGACAGAACAAAAGAUGAAAGAAACUUAAAAUGUUUUCUUCUCAGAAUGUUCCACUCUACUAAACAGCACUAGGGGGGUAGUGACUAGAAUCGUGCCCAGGAGAUCUGAAAUUUAUUAAAUGAAAUGAAGGGAGAAACAAUUACUGAAAAUAUAAAAAAAUAUUUAUUUUAUGAAAAUAAUAGAAACCCAUUGACUUAUCAUUUUCUGUUUAGAAUUCUUUUGAUUUAUUUCUUGCUUACUUCAAAGACAACAAGAACAACAAAACCCUUGACCCUUCCCCCAUACAAAAGAUAAUAAACAAAUUAUUUCAUCUCUCAUUUAUAUUUAAAAGUAAUUUUCUCCUGGUGAGUGAGUGAGUGGAUGAAAGUUGGUUUAAUAUUUAGUUAAUUUCUUUUCUAUGCUUUUCUCAUUUCAUUUAAACAGAUAUUGCUACUAUAGAUAUCUAGAGAAGGGACACUUAGAUGGGAGAAGACAAUUUUUAUUUUUUCACUUUUCAUUUUAAACAUCUGCUCAAGUUUGUACCUUCUUUAUGUUUGGCCAAACAUCUUGAUUUAUUUAAUCUUUUGCUAUUGCUUGAUGAUAAAAUAGUUAUUUUGUCCUUUCUAUUUCAUCCCAUUGCAAAAAAAAAAAAUCUAGAAAAACCUGGAAAAAAAAUAACAAAAUAAUGAUCCAAAACAAAGAAAUUUGCAAAGUCAUUCAAAAGAAAUUUAAAGAAAGGCUCCUCUGAAUCGGGGGAGUCUCAAAUUAUAUAUUGUUUAUUGGGAUUUGUUUGACAGUUGAACAUAAUGAUUUAGCAGAGCUAAAUGAUUAUUUCUCCAUGAUAUGAUGCCUUGCCAUCUAUCAUACAAGCUAACUCUGUGAUGCAUUCCGACUAAUAUGAACAAAGAAGAUAAUGUUUUCUUUCAUGUUUACUUCUAUACCAAUACCAAUUAUUUUUAUCUCUUUCUGGUGAUGUUCUAGUUUGUUCCUCUAAAGUUUUAAUUGUUGCCUCAUUGAAGGUGAACCAUAAUCAAAUGAGCUUUGCAAGUUAUUGUCACCAGUUGUUCUUAUAGACCGAUUCUUCAGAUUGUGUCUGCUUUCAUUAUUUGCUGAAGGCAUAAAAAUGAAAACAAAGAAAGAGGUAAUUAUAAUGUUAAAUUCUUUACUUGAAGAAAAUUUUAGUUGUUAUUUUUAGUUGUACUUGUUAACCGAUCUUUGGUUUAGAACCAUUAAUUACAUUUAUAUUUCUGGAGACACCUUUUGAAUUUUGUGUCUUGAAUGUUGUUUUAGAGUAUUUUCAUUGCAGAAUUUCAAAAGUACUUAAUUGCAUUUUAGGUAUGUUGUAAAUCUGUUUCAUUUUAUUUUCAAACGUAGAAAGCUUUGCAUUACUUGAGAGAGUCAGCCUGAAAUCUUUCAUUGUUCAAAAUAAUCAAAAAGCUCGAGGAUGGAUUAUGAUUAAUCAAAAAAAUUGAAAGCAUCAAGUAAACUACUCUGUUAAAAAAAUGCUUUUGGUUUUCCAUACUGUCUUGGUGAAUGACCAAUUCCUAACUUUUUGUUGAGCAAACAAUAAACUUUGUAAAUCUCAACCAACUUUUAAGCUUUGUGAUUUCUCUGUUAAUUCUGGUACCAGUGAUAUUGUUGCAUCUUAAAACUCUGAAGUGUUACUGUUUGCUGAGAUGUUAGGGAAUAUAUUGGACAUAAUAAUAUAGGAUUAGAUAUGACAGGUUCUGUUAUUCAAUACAAAGCAAUAGUGUCGCAUUAAUUAUAGGAUAUAGUCUUGUAUAGAACAAGACAGAAUCUAUUACAAUUUAAGAUAUAAUGCAGUCUAUUAUAGAACAAGUUGAGGAACAGUUUCGUACACAACAUACCUUACUGCAGUCUUACAUGUAGAACAGAGAGUAAAUUACAUUGUAAUUACAAAUUAAAAUAUAGCACAGUUUGGUAUAGAGCAGGCAGUAAUAUUAUUAUAGAACUAAUCACAGUAACAUCUGUUAUAGGAAAGGCUAUAAAAAUGUGUUUUAUGGAACAUGUUACACAAUGUUAUAGAAGAGGUAAUAAUGCGAUGUUAUUGAAGAGGACUUUAAUGAAUUAGAUUUUACACAUAUAAUAUGAAAUCAAAAUGUUGGUUAGAGAUAACAUGUUUCUGCUUUUACAAUAGUCUCUUUAAUUUACAUGCGUGGCUUAAUUCUUAUUUCAUAAAUUUUAAUUGCACAUAUGGUAUUUUUUCACAUUGUUUACUCUAUCUGCUAUACUAAUAUCAUUUUACAAUCUUCUGAGUUUGUUUCAUAUUUUAAAACAUUUCACAAUUAUAUUUUGUCUAUUUUGAGUUUGCCAUCAGUUAAUUAUAUUUUUAUUGAUUUAGGCUUUUUCUUUGAAUUGUCUUCAUUGCAAUUGGAAUAAAUAUUGCGACUUUAUAUAUAUAAUUAUUAUUAUUAUUGGGGGCCACAUUGAUCAUGCCAGUGGAAUCAUGAUUUGAGAUUUAGUGAUAAGUAAUCUUUUCACACUUAAUGGGCUUUGUGAAGGAUUCUUGCAGAAUAGAAGAUAAGUUUUAAGCAACUUGCUAUCUAGAUCUCAGCUUAUGGUAUUGUUCUCAGUACUCCAGUGACUAAAGGAAUUAAUAUGUCCCUAAUUGUUUUUCAGUUCAUUUGUCAAAUUGACAUAUUUCUAAAUCUUGUCUGUUUCCUUUCACGUUGAAGUGGUUGUUUGUUUCUAUUGCAAUAACAUCUGGUUCUUGUAUCUUCUUUACAUGGUCACUUAGCUCUAACAAUUACUAGAAAGAUCUUACAAAAUUUAUUUUUAAUACUGCCUUCUGAUUGGCUCACAGAAUCAAAGGAGCAUUGAACAAAAGUCCUUACAGUGUUUGUUCAGGCUUUUUGCUGCCAGAGUUCAAAUUCUGCCACGGUCAGCUUUGCCUGUCAUUCUUCUGGGAUCAACAAAAUAAAGUACCAGUCAAGUACUUGGGUCAAUUUAAAUAAAUUCCCUCUCCCUGUGCUAGAAACAUUAUUUUUAUAAGGGCAUUGGAGUGGCCAAAUUGCAGUAUUUAGUUACAUUACUUUGUGUUCUGAGUUCAAAUCUUACCAGUCAACUUUACUGUCAUCCAUCCAAGGUCUAUAAAAUAUAUGCCAGUCAAGUACAUGGCUUGAUUUCAAUGACUAAAUCCUUCUUAAAAUUUGUGGCAAAAGUAACAACACACUUGACUAAAUGCUUUACAUUCUGAAGUUUUGUGUUGCAACAAUUCUGAGUUCAAAUCCAGGAUUGACUUUGUCUUUCAUUCUUCAGUUUGAUAAAAUAAUACCAGGGAAUUGCUGGGAAUGAUUAACCCAAUGUACAUUCUUUUUCUAAUAAUUACUUUUGUCUAAGAGAAGGAAAAUCAUUAUUAAUAUUACUAUAAGACUAGAAAAGUAACUGAUUAAUAUUAAACAAUCUAUUAAAUUUUUAAAAAAGUGAUAAUAAACUAUAUUACAUUAUCAUUUCUGAAAUUCAAAAUAUUUCCUAAACAUAACAUAACAUGAUAGAUUGUCUUUUAAGUUCUUUAAGACUAUUUUCAUUUUCUUUUAAGUUAAGACUUUAUUAUUUCUAUUUUCUUUUAAAACAUUUCAUGUCACGAUUGUUUCACUUGGCAGUAUCUUGUUAUAAACUGAUAAAUAAAUAAUUGAAAAUAAUAUUUACUUGAGUAUUGUUUUAUCAGAUUUUCCCUCUGAGUUAACUUGUUUUCUGUAUUGGAAAUGUUUAUCGAUAUUGUUUUUUUGUUGAUGUUUCUAGAAUUAUGGUAAUUGUUGUGUGGCCCCAGCCAGAUUUUCCUGAUCAGAGCUAAGGCACAGCAUUCUAGGCAUAUUGUUAGUAUAUAUCUGCCUUGCCAAGUUGUAUUAAACUUUGGACUUCUGGCUGUGACUAUAUCUUUAUUAUGGGAGGAUGAAUGCUGCUAUUGUGGUCAACAAUGGUAGGGAAUUUGUUAAGAGAGAGAGAGAGAGAGGGUUUUGGAUGCUACAUAAAGCUUGCCAUAAAACUACAGACAAUUUCCCUAAUUUUCAUCUGUUUAGUCUUAACAUUUGUGUUAAUCUAGGGAGCAUAAGUUGUGUACCAAUUUCUAUUGUGCCCAGGUUCUCUUUCUAAUUGGAAAGUCUGUUGAUCUGUUACAUGUUCCAUGCACCGUUUUAUCAUGGUGAAUAUUCUUUAGAGAUUGUAUCAAACUAACUACUGUCAGGUGUUUAGCAUUUCACACUGUUCCUAUGUCCUACACACACACACACAUACACAUUUCUUUUGGCGAAUAGGUCUCCUGACAUGUCUUCAUUUUCAAGUUGUUAAAAGUUGUAUUGAUAUAUGAGUCAUAAUUGGUUACCUCCAUGAAUAGUUAAUUUUCUCACUAAUAUUAGCGUCUUAUAAUAUCAACAGUUAACCAUAUUUUGGGGGGAUUCUACAACACAUUUAAGUUUAUCUGUAAAGUAAUUUUGUGGGCUUAAACAUUGUUAGAGAGAGAGGGUGUGUGUUUAUAAUUUUGACUUAUUUUAAUGUUUUAUUGUAAGUCAUGGAAUCCUUUAACUUAAUGUUUUAGCCCUAAAAUUUCUUUAUAACAAACAUAAAUAUGCUUUCAGUUGUAGCAAAAGUUUUAUUUCUGUAGAAUGUGUUACGAAAUUUAAGUGAUGAUGUAAAUUUUCAAGUUUAUAUUAAAGGUAGUAUGAGUAUCAUCAAUCAUUUAUACACACAUGCAGACACAAUAAAUACAUAUAUAUUAGCCAUUAUAAAUUUAUUAACUGUAUUUUUAUGCUAUUUUGUGAGGUUAAAUUUUAUGCAGCAAUAUUUUAAGAAAUAAAAUGAAGCAUAUAGAAAAGAAUUGAUGCAAUGUUUGAAGUAGUCUGAGAAGAUUUAUUGAAAAAGCCUAAACUGUUUAAUGUCUGUGUUAUUUUCCUUCUGUGUCCCAUAAAUAGAGCUAACAUGCAACAUUUAUCUAUUUUACUGUCUGGACAGAGAACAAGAUUGAGGUUGCUAGUGUGUUGAAGGGGUGAUUUAAAAUAAAAUGAAAUAAAUUCUCAUUAAUUAAUACUC